CUGUUGCAGAUGCUAGCGGUGCCAGGAGGCGGAGGUCUGGGGGCGGAGAGGGACAGGCAGGUCCGGCUCCAUUCUGUCUCCACCGACCUCGAGCUCGGCCUACCGCCCUCCAUCCCCCUCCCCGAUGGCGAGGAGCUGCCCUACGGUUCCUCCGCCAGGAUACACAUCAGGGAUUCCCAGCAGGAGAGUGAAAUCUACCAAAAAUGUAUCCGAGCGCCUCCGAACAGGACAGUGCUGGAGGGAGAGUCGCCACCGCCGUACCGGUCCGCAUCGGCGGGUGCCCUGUCCCCGCCGCCCCACGACUGGGCGGUCAUCCGCUCCAACUCUGUAUCCAACAGAUCCCCACCAACAGUGCAGGUUCCCGCGGGGAAGCGACUGUCUGCGCUGACGAUGGUGCCCUGUUUGACAGCACCGACGCCUGCCAAGCCCAAGCCGCGGUCGCCUCCACUUCUCUGAUCUUCGGCACCUACCUGCCUCUAUUUAUAUAUAUAUAUACACACAUAUAUAUUCCAUUUGUUAAUCGAUGUGCGAGUGGACGCUUUAUCUCUCCCUCCCCUUCUUGGACACUGGCAAUAAAGACAUUAUUUAAUUUUGUGAAGUGAGACAUUUCCGGCCACUAACGACUCUAGUGGAGUGAGUGUGAUUGUUAAUGGAUUUCGAUAUUUAUAACGAAAAAGUUAAUGAAAAGACUAUUUGGAUAAAUAUAAAUAGGUCGAAACGAUUUUAAUUUAUUCGACGAACUGUAGCUAGUGCAAAUUGUAAAUGUACAAUGUACCCUACGUCCCUUAGCUUCUACACCCCCCUACUGUGUGAUUGUUAGAUCUAUCGCUAUUGGAGAAACAUCAGUGAAAAAAACUCUAGUUGAAUUUGAUAUUUAUAAAAAAAAAUUGUUUAUUUUGUUUUUCGAAACUUUUGUCCUCCUAAAUAUUGUUUUUAAAAGCAUGUAUUAUAUUAUAAAUAUAUAAAUAUUAAUAUAGUUAUAAUUGAAAAAUAUAGAUUUUAAGAUUAUUUAUAUAGACACUAGACAAAUAAUAGCACCCUUGUGAUCUUUUGGGGUGUACAUUUUUAUUAAUUUGUAUUUUUUCUUCUUUUUUUUCUAUUUAAACAUUAUGAUGAUCAGCAUCUUGUGAAUUUUGUGAUUUGAACAGUGAUUUAUAAGUAAAAUUAAAAAAAAAAAUAUUAAAAUAAAAUUAUAUAAUUAUUUAAAAUGAUGGAUAUAAAUAUUAAUAGCUUUAUAAAGGGUGUUUCUAGUGGGAUUGCUAAUAAAUAAAACAAUUUAUAAUUUAUAUUUUAUACUCUUCUAUAAAGGCUUUAACAUUUUUACAUAUACAUUCUGAACUAUGUAUGUGUAGACACCCUUAUAUGUUAAGGGAAUUACAUUUAGCCCCAUGUCCUCAAUCUUUGCACCGUACCACUUGCCCGAAAUGAAUCACAUUUUCUGUGUAGACUGUAUUCUAGAUAAAUAUAGAGGAAAAUAAAGAUGAAAUUAAUAAACAGGUGAUGGCAUUUUUUUAACACAGAGCCUCUGGUAGUCUAUAUGUCUAACGUACAUUAAACCAUUUAUUUUAUAUAUCUUCUCUGUACAUGUUGGAUAAUAGACAUAUUGUUUUCCUAAUUUAAUAGUAGCGAUUUUUAACUCGAACCUAUUUAUAAAAAUAUACAAUAGUUAUUUGUAAAAUAUCGUAAGGAUAAGAUUAAAAGAAGGGAAGUGGUUGUAAGGACUAGAUCAAAUCACUACAAAUCCAAAUAUUUUUAUCAAUAGAACUGUUAAUCGAGUAUUUAUAUUCAAUCAUUUACUGAUGAGGUAUCGGCUGAACAAGCUAUUAGUAGAAGAUUUGAGAAUUUAAGAGAAACAUAGCACAUAAUUUGUUAUAAUAAAUGAAUAAUGUAAAUUAAAUGAUGUAAAUGUUAUUACAUGUUCACGAUGUGUUUCAUUUUUAAAAACUAAAUUGUAUCCUAAAAUUAAGAGAAAAAAAUCAUUUAAUCGGUGUC